CAUCAAUCUCAUCACCCUCUACACAAUCCCACCAAACGAAACUCAACUUCUUCUUCUUCUUCUUCUUCUUCUUCUUCUUGUCCUUCCUCGCUCUGUGUGUUUGUGAUAGGAAAACAAACAGAAAAAACUACCAACUAUGGUUGUUCUGUCUCAGCCAGCAUUAGACCACUACUCUCUGAUCAAAACAUGCAACAAGCCCACCAGCUUGUUCACUGGAAUUCCAGUGGUGGACCUCUCAGACCCGGAGGCCAAGAGCCUUGUGGUCAAAGCCUGUGAGUUUGGAUUCUUCAAGGUUGUCAACCGAGGAUUCCCAAUGGAGUUCAUAAACAGAUUGGAAACAGAGGCUCUGAGGUUCUUCAAUUCUCCCCAGUCUGAAAAAGACAGGGCUGGCCCUCCCGACCCAUUUGGUUAUGGCAGCAAGAGAAUUGGACCAAACGGUGAUGUGGGUUGGAUUGAAUAUCUCCUCCUCAACACCAAUCCCGACGUCAUUUCCUACAAGUCCCUCUCCAUUUUCCAGGAAAACCCACAAAUUUUCCGGUCUGCUGUGGAUGAUUAUAUUUCCGCAGUGAGAAAGAUGGCUUGUGACAUAUUGGAACUCGUAACUGAAGGGUUGGGGAUUGAACCAAGAAAUGUUUUGAGCAGGCUUUUGGGUGAUGAAAAAAGUGACUCGUGUUUCAGGCUAAACCAUUAUCCACCAUGCCCGGAGCUCCAGGCAUUGAGUGGACGAAAUUUGAUUGGAUUUGGGGAGCACACAGACCCCCAGAUAAUCUCCAUCCUAAGAUCUAACAGUACCUCUGGCCUGCAAAUCUGCCUGAGAGAUGGAACAUGGGUUUCAGUCCCUCCUGACCCGACCUCCUUUUUCAUUAAUGUUGGUGAUUCUCUUCAGGUAAUGAGUAAUGGAAGGUUUAAGAGUGUGAAGCAUAGGGUUUUGGCUGACCAUUCAAAAUCAAGGGUUUCCAUGAUCUUCUUUGGAGGGCCACCAUUGAGUGAAAAAAUAGUAGCUUUGCCGCCACUUGUGGGGGAAGGGGAAGAAAGCUUGUACAAUGAGUUCACAUGGUGUGAAUACAAAAAGUCUGCAUACAAGUCAAGGCUGGGAGAUCAUAGGCUAGGGCUCUUCGAGAAAUCUCUACAACCCAGUACUGAUCUGGUCAAAGCUCCCCAUUUUAGCAAAGAUUAGGAUUUUGUCAAAGCUCAAAAAAUAGGUUUAAAAAAGUUGACUCCACUUGUCAUAGAUGGAAAACCUACAGGAUGUUCUUUAUCUUCUUCCCUGUUCUUUUGUCUUCCUUUUUUUUAUCUUUUUUGUUUUGUUUUGUUUAAUGUAGCAGCAACAACCAUCUUCUACCAUUAAUGCAAGUUUAUCAUCAUCAUGUCAUCAUGAAAUUAUGAAAUGAAAUUCCU